AUGGGAACUAUAGCAUAUUUUGCUGCUGUUAUUCUUUCAACUUUAGUAAUCGGAGGCAUACUUGGAACACCAGUUGAAAAACUUAAAUGUCCACCUGACCAACCAAUGGUAUAUUGCUUGGCAGACCCAUGCUCUAAAUCCACAUGUCCAGGUGAUAAAAAUGCUACAUGCGUCUCUAACUAUUGUGGCGGAUGCAAUGCUGUUUGGUAUGGGGUGAACGGUAAGCCAGCAAACUGUGAUAAUACAUCUUCAUGUCCACCCGAUAAGCCUCCAGUUCCAUGUUUUGCAGAUCCAUGUCAAGGAGCAACAUGUCCAGUAUAUCCUAACGCUAAAUGUGUCCCGAAUUACUGUGGAGAUUGCUAUGCUGAAUGGGUCAAAUGCAAUGGACAAAAAGUAAUAUGUUCAAGCAUUAUUUAA